GGGCUACGCUUGUAACGCCGAGUGGAUUUCAAUCAAAUAUGAUCUGAUAUAUCAUUUGGGAAGGGAAAAUGAAUAAGGCUGGUUUGACCCCUUUGAACGAACGGAGGGCUGGGCAUUAAAAUGGGAACUCACCUACUUUUUGCUUACAAGAUGCUAUUCUCCCUUAUUGCAUGGGUGGAUUACAUCCAAAUUUGGUCUGAUUUGUUAAAUAAAUGAUGCUGCUUCGAUCCCUGGGGGCGUUGGAGAUGGAUCUCAAAAGACGACAGGAAAUUUACUGGUUUCAACCAAAGGGCUGGAAUAUAGAGCUGUCCCAAAACCGUAACAUUUCUAAUGAAUGAAGGAGCACACGAACAUGACGCUUGUAGGAAGAUAAGGAACGUUCAUCGUUUUAAGUGGUUAAUGAUAACAUUCUUAUUGGACCUUUAAUGUAAUAUUGAAACAGUCCGUCUAUGUCGGGUGUUAUGUACCAAGCGUUUUAUUUCAUUGUGAGAAAUUACAUUGCCAAUGUUUGGUUUCGCUAUCAGUGUAUAUUGUUCGGGCUAUUAUGUGUAUGAAGAUGAUGACCGUUACGUUCACCACCUGCGAUAAUUUACCUUCUUGACAUGUCCAUUCAAAUACAGAGAAGUAGGUCAACCGCCAGAACAGUCUUAUUCAAUCAGUGCAGGUAAACUCCCAAAGUUCAGUAUGAGCAUGGAGAUAUACAAUGCUAUUUCAUAGGUGUUGAUGUAAGUGGUAAGAAACCACAAUGGUCUUUAUCUAGAUUAGUAUCAUAUCUUCAUCUAGCACGUGAAGUGAGCAUGGCCACUUCGCCACAGAGUCAGUUUAUCCUAUAUGACACGUGGACAGGUAGCUUUAGUAGUCGUCUGUGGUGGUCAUUCUGACAACAUCCAUUCUCAAAAUCAGUAGGAUACCAUUUCAUGCUUACCAACGAAAGGCUCUGAUGGGAAGAAAUCAGAUAAGAUUAAGCGAAUAUUGUCCUCGCACACACAGCUAUGCUUCGUCGUGGACGCUCUGGCGCGCUACCCUCAGUUUCUCAGACGCAGGUUGGUAGGAUAAAUGAUCAACACUGAACACGUACAAAUUCAAGAUGGCUUUAAUGACAAACGGAGAUGCUCUCAAUGGGAAGAUAUCAAACGGCCACUCGGAGUCGGAAAGUUUGACAACAAAAACCAACAAGAAUGUGAGACUAAAGAAACAGAUAAGCCUGUUUCAGGCUGUGUGUAUCAUUGUAGGGAUUAUUAUAGGAUCGGGGAUAUUUGUGUCCCCUGUAGGGAUUUUACAGAAUGUCAAGUCUGUUGGAAUGUCAUGUGUAAUGUGGACAGUGACGGGUGUUUUCUCGGCGCUUUGCGCCCUGUGUUUUGCCGAGUUAGGAGCAUGUAUCCCUAAGUCGGGAGGCGAAUAUACUUAUAUCCGUGAAGCCUUCGGAGACUUCUUUGCAUUUUUAGCACUGUGGAUUAAUUUUAUAAUCAUUUGUCCAGUUUGUGUAGCCGCAUCCUGUCUCAUUUUCGCCACAUACAUCCUUAAGCCAGUGUAUUCUGACUGUGAUCCACCAUUUGUUGCCGUUCGUCUCAUUGCAGCUCUCAUAAUCGCGUUGCUGAUCUCAAUCAACUGUAUCAAUGUUAGAUGGGCAGCAAAGGUACAAGUUGGAAUUACCGUCUGUAAACUCGUCGCACUUGCUACCAUCGUCAUCAUCGGAUUCGUCUACCUUGGGAAAGGCAAGGUGGAUAACUUCAAAGAUUCCUUCGCAGAUAGCGAUUACAGUGCCGGGGCAAUUGCAAUAUCGUUUUACUCAGGAUUUUGGGCAUUCGGAGGAUGGAGCUAUCUGAACUUCCUCACUGAUGAACUGAUUGAACCACACAGAAAUUUACCUCGAGCAAUCAUUAUCUCCAUGGCAAUUGUGACGUCAGUGUAUUUGGUGGCAAACAUUGCAUACUUUGCUGUUCUCACUCCCAUCGAGAUGCUUCAGUCUACAGCAGUGGCUGUGACUUUUUCUGAAAUGACCGUUCCUGUGAUGUCGGUAUUUGUUCCUAUACUGAUAGCUAUCUCAGUGGCAGGGUCUAUGAAUGGUACCAGUCUCUCAAUGUCAAGGCUGUUCUUUGUGGGAGCCAGUAACAAUCAUCUUCCUAGCAUCGUGGCCAUGAUAAACUACAAAUUCCUCACACCAGCCCCAUCUCUAAUCACCAUCCUGGUCCUGACACUACUAAUGCAGAGUCUUGGCGAUGUUUUCUACCUGAUUGAGAUGAUGGGAUUUAGCUUCACCACUGUGCUGGCAUUCGUCUUCGCAGGACAGAUCUACAUGCGGAUCACAAGGCCUGAUAUUCCUAGACCUAUCAAGCUCCCCUUGGUGUUACCUAUAUUCCUGUUUGUGAUGAGUCUAGUACUGUUAGUACUUACCUGUAUACAGAAACCAGACAUCAGUUUGUUGGCCUUCUGUCUCACUAUGCUUGGAGUCCCUUGUUACGUACUCGGCAUAUACUGGAAAUCUAAACCAGCAGGUUUCAAUAGAUUAAAUAGAUAUAUUACAUCUACUAUACAAAAGGUACUUUUAGUUGUUCCACAAGACGACGAAAUCGAAUGGUGAAAGUCACGUGAAAAUACAGAAUAGGACCAAUCAAGCACCAACAUAAGGUGUUAUAAAGGACAGAAGUGACAGUGACGUUUAAAAUCGUGAGAGAAGAGUGAAUUGUGAUUGUGCAUGUGCGUAUUAGAAAAGUGAGAUAAACUGUAAACAAUGUAUGAAACGUGCAGUUUCUGUUGUCAUAUUGUAGAACUAGAUGAAAGAUGUGCUAAUGACAUCAUGAUAUGAGCUUAUUGACAUUAUAUGAGCUUAUUUAUAUAUGAGCUUAUUGACAUUAUAUGAGCUUAUUUACAUGAUAUGAGCUUAUUGACAUUAUAUGAGCUUGUUUACAUGAUAUGAGCUUAUUGACAUUAUAUGAGCUUGUUUACAUGAUAUGAGCUUAUUGACAUUAUAUGAAUCUCGGGAAUGCAAAAUACUUCAAUAAUAUUUGGACAGUUUCAAUCAUGUGACCACCUUAUAUCUUCCCACACUAUUGUGUGUAUGAAAGGGGAAUGGGGAGUGUCCGAGUAUAAAUUCCGUGAUAGGUAAUUUCCCCCCUCACGUUUAGUUAUCUAGCGCCAUACAUAGUUCAGUAACUAAUGCAAAUUUGUUGUCAAGAUCAUACACAUACAUGCAUGAAUUAUAUACAGCUGUUAGUGAUAAAUGUUUGAUAGCGACACACGUGUCAGGACUAAGUACGUGAUUGUGAGCAAUAAUUUGUAGACAUAUAGAAUAUUCACUUAUUGAUGAUAUAUUGCGACCUGUAGUUACAACCCACGAGCAUCCGCGAGAAUAGUAUAUAUGUUCCUUGUAUUAAUGUUCGUGUGUAGUUCAACCUCGGGGACACGUCACAACUGUAAGGCUUUAUCUAUUGUCGUUAACCCUGUUGACUUUAAUCUCAGUCUAAAUCUGUACAGUUGUAGUGUGACCCUGUGACCUUGUGACCCUGUGGUUCAAAUCCUUAAAUCCCUUAAUACUCGACAUUUCGGUAUCUUAACCAGGAGGGGCAAUCGCAUAUUUAAUACAGAUGAAAGGAUUUCCCUGUUAUUUAUAUCAAUACAAACAAGAAAUAGAUAUUGGUAAUUUUUCUUUUAUAAAUCGCUCGCGAAGUGGUUUAUAGUAAUUCACAGGGAUGUACACCCGAAUUAAUGCUGCGUGUAUCUAAUAAAUGUAUACAAGAAAACAUUUAUUCAUCAGAACAGAAAAGAAUGGUCAUGCCAUGACUAAAGUGUCCAUAGCAUUACAUAAAAUGUAGAUAUGAUGUUUGUUGUAUAAUGUGACCUCCCCCAAUAUUCCAUGCUACGAUCUCAUUUUAUAUAUGUGUCAUCAAUGAUUCGGCUAAGUCAUCUUGCUCGAAUACAUAUAACUAUUUUUUUGCAUUAAAGUGUUUUGUUGGAAAAUAUGUAGUAUGUUUUCUGGUGUCAUGUUUUACAAGCUAGUCAUACCAUCAAGAUAUUGGGACACCAUUGUUACAUACAUGUGUUCCACUAAUCACAACACAUUGUUACAUACACGUGUUCCACUAAUCACAACACAUUGUUACAUACACGUGUUCCACUAAUCACAACACAUUGUUACAUACACGUGUUCCACUAAUCACAACACAUUGUUACAUUCAAGUGUUCCACAAAUGACAAAACAUUGCUUCAUACACAUGUUCCACUAAUGACAAAACAUUGUUACAAAUGCAUGGACGAACUGAUAUAAAACAAGUCACUUGAUAUUGAAUUAUUUCAGCUAUGCAAUUGAAGAUUAGUGGUAAGUCUUCUGGCUAAAGUUUUUUUAUUAGUGAUUCGUUGGGAAAAGAUUAUGACAUAUAUUUUGAUUAAAUAUAGAACUGUUGACAAUCGCAUAUUCUCGGUCAACUCCGUCAAUGCUCUUUAGUUAAAUCUUAACACAAUUAUUAAGUAAAUGGUUAAAAUUGUCAUUUAUCAACAUCAAGUUAUACACGAGGAAAUCAAAUUCACUGUCAGAUAAGUACUUAUUGCAUUACCUAUUUUUUCAAACAAUACCGGUAUAUUAUCAAAAUGUUAUUAUAGUAAAUAAUUAUAAUAACGUCCUUUUCAACAGUUUCAUCCUUACGAUAACGUCGUUAUGUGAUAUGAAUGUGGCAUUACCGUGUGCUUAUUUAAUGUACAUGAAUAAAAAUCAAAAUACA